AUGAUGCCAACGACGACCGGAGAGAGAAGGGAAGCUUUCUGCCCAAGAAUUGGUGUAUUGGCCACCGGCGUCGACUCCGGCAGCAGCCGACUCAAACACGUGGUCGCUUCUGAGCUGUCUGUGAGGCACUUGUAUGAGAUCGCCAAAGUGAAGCAAGCUGACCCGUAG